AUGACCGGUGGCGGCUUCGCUAUACUUGAUACCGGCUCUACGAGCAACGAUGCAAACAAUUUCUCCGGCGUCUCUUAUAUUCGCGGUCCAUCAUGGCUACACAUGCCAGUUCUAACCAUCGGUUUACUCGGAAUAUCUAUCGUCUGGUCAGUUGAAAUGGCUUAUGCCUCGCCAUAUCUUCUUUCUCUCGGUCUAUCCAAAUCAGCAAUGGCCGUAGUAUUCGUUGCUGGCCCUCUUUCUGGCCUGGUCAUGCAACCGGUUAUUGGGAUUUUGACUGAUUCCAGCACGUCGAAAUGGGGAAGGAGAAGACCGUAUAUGAUUAUUGGAACGAUUUUGUGUGUUUUUGCUAUGUCGUUGUUGGGUUGGACGAAGGAAGUUGCUGGGAUUUUUACUUCCGAGAUUGGCCUGACAUUAUGGCUUGCUGUUCUAUCAGUCUAUCUGAUAGACUUCAGUGUCAAUGCAGGUUCUUGCGUUAUGGCAGUUGACCGCGCGCUCCUAGUCGAUGUUCUACCUUCCACACUUCAACCUUCUGGGAAUGCCUGGGCUGCGCGAAUGGGAGGCUUUGGGAGCGUCGUAGGAUAUUUCGCCGGAAACCUCGACCUACCUUCUCUGUUACCUAUAUUCGGACAUACUGAACUUCAAAUUCUAUCUGUGGUCGUCAGUAUAAUUCUCUUGGGUAGCCAUAUCAUCAUGGCCUCAUCCGUGAGCGAACGUGUUCUUUUAAAAAACAAUGCCUCUGGAGCUGGUGGUCCACUGGCAAAGUCUUUUACAACUGAAGUCAAAGCUAUGUUUGAGAAUCUAUGGUCGCUUCCCAGAGUGAUUCGACAAAUAUUCCUCAUACAGUUCUUCGCCUGGAUCUCCUGGUUCCCAGUUAUGUUCUACUCAACACUGUACAUCGGAGACCUCUACAAGCGAGCCUUCUUCGCAACAGCUAUCUUAGUUCCUCCACCAGAAAUAUCCGAAGAUUCUUUAGCUGCUCUCGAUACGGAAGCUACGCGUAUAGGAUCUCGGGCUCUUUUUUAUUCCUCCUUACUUGCGCUAUUCAUGAACGUUGUUUUACCGUUCUUUACUACAGAAGCUGCCAGACAUAAUAAUAUGGACCGUUCCUGGUGGAAUAACCUCGCAAUUCCAGAGGUGCUCAAAGUACAUCUUGUCAGCCUUUGGGCUGUCAGUCUAGGAGUCCUGGCAUCUUGUAUGAUAGCUACUUUUUUUACUUCGUCAGUGGCAGGCGGUACAGCCUUAAUUACAAUCACAGGGUUUUCAUGGGCCAUCACUCAAUGGGCUCCGUUCGCAUUGCUCGGCGAAGCUAUCCUAACCGAACCAGCGUCAAGUAGUGUACAUGAAGCAGUGGGUAUUAGACUAGUCGAUACGCGUUCACGUGAUGAGGGUAAUGACGGUGACGACGAAUCAGAGACGAUAUUUGUCGCUGGCGAGGCAUCCGAUUCGGACUCUGAUAGUGGCCAGGCGCAGAAAGGCCAAUUUGAGAGAGAAGAGCGGAGGAUAACGUUGCUUAGGCUUGGCGAGGCAGGUUCAAGCUCUGUGAAUGUUACUCCUGCGGUAACAAAUUAUCGGGAAGAUGAUGAAGAUGUAUUGGAUGAAGGCGCGCUACUUGUUGGUCGCCCUAGAGAUGAGGAGGAAGGUGAGGAGGAUGAGGACAUGGAUGAACAUAGUGGUGGUGGGUUGAGUGCGAAAGCUGGGAUAAUCCUCGGCAUCCACAACAUAUUCGUCGUCAUACCACAAUUUCUCGUCACAGGUCUUUCUUCUAUCAUAUUCGCAUUGGUAGAUCCUACGAAGAGCGUCCUGCAUGGGUCACAUCCGGGUGGAACGUUAGGUCCUGCUUUAAACCAUACGACAUUAGGAGGUGCUAUUCCUAGAUAUAUAGUACGGGACGACACAGAGGACGAGCUGGAGAUGAUCCAGGAGCUACAAGCUUCGGCAACCUCGAACUCUAUUGUGUAUAUUUUUCGGGUCGGUGGAGUCUCAGCUCUCAUAGCUUUUAUUCUUUGUUGGCGGUUGGCGAGAGAGUUGAGGCAUCGUUGA